UAAAUCAAUCUGGUCCCGAAAUCGUUGGUUGAAAGCUGGUCUCUACCAAUCGUCAUUCGUCAAGCCCCUUCCCUCCCACUUUUGUGCCUCUCCGCAUUACCUUCCCACUAUCCUCUUAUUCCUCAUCUCCUUCGUGUCACUCUCCCACAUCCACCAACAUGCCUAACAACCUAAUUCACUGACCUCAUGAAUCCAAACUAGACACCACCCCCAUUCCUUCCACCACCGAAACCCAAUUCCAAAGCUUUCUAAGAAAAUCAAAUCUCCCCAUACUAAUAACAACUAACUAGCACCACGCAGAAACACAGUAAAUCGCAGCAACCAAUUAUGAGUUCCGUGAACCUCAACACAAGUUUCCUGUUCCACCAAGGCAGCAGAUCCAGAUCCCCAACUUUUCAUCUGUUCCACACACUCACAAAACUCCCCAUUUCUUCAAUUACCACAAAGAAGCCACAAAAAGGGAAUCGACUUUUUCCUUUUCCUUCGUUCUCGGUCUCCGCGGUGCUUACCAAAGAAGAUGUCCUCAAGGGCAAAGAUGAAAAUAAAGAGAGCGAGAAACCCGCUUUCAAUUUCAAGUCCUAUAUGGUCAAUAGAGCCACCACUGUGAACCAGGCGUUAAACGACGCCGUUUCACUCCGCGAGCCACAGAAGAUUCACGAGGCCAUGCGUUACUCUCUCCUCGCCGGCGGUAAGCGCGUCCGUCCGGUUCUCUGCCUCGCCGCUUGCGAGCUCGUCGGCGGCACCGAGGCGAUGGCGAUGCCGGCGGCGUGCGCCAUCGAGAUGAUCCACACCAUGUCCCUCAUCCACGACGACCUCCCCUGCAUGGACAACGACGACCUCCGCGCCUUCGAGCAUAUGGCUGUGGAUACGGCAAAGGCAGGCGUGCCGCCGGCGAGAAUCGUCAGGGCCCUCGGGGAGCUCUCGAAGGCGAUCGGAGCCGAGGGCCUCGUGGCCGGUCAGGUGGUGGACAUCGCCUCGGAAGGCAUCGCCGAUGUCGGUUUAGAGAAGCUGGAAUUCAUUCACGUCCACAAGACGGCGGCCUUGCUUGAAGGCGCGGUUGUUCUUGGAGCAAUUCUUGGCGGCGGUUCUGAUGAUGAGGUAGAGAGGCUGAGAAAGUUCGCCAGGUGUAUAGGGCUUUUGUUUCAGGUCGUGGAUGACAUUCUUGAUGUCACAAAGUCCUCAGAGGAGCUUGGAAAGACUGCAGGGAAGGAUUUGGUCGCUGAUAAGGUCACAUACCCUAAAUUAUUGGGCCUGGAAAAAUCUAGAGAGUUCGCCGACGAGUUGAAUAAGGAUGCUCAGGCUCAACUUGCUGCCUUUGAUCCUGAUAAGGCUGCUCCUUUGGUUUCUUUGGCUAAUUACAUUGCUUACAGGCAAAACUAGCCUCUCUUGUUGGUGUUGUAUCACAAUUGAUUAAAGUUUAAUUUGGAUUUUGUUACUUUAUAGAUAUUGAUAUAUAUCAGAUAGCGAUGUAUGGAAUAAUUCCUUCUCCUUUA